GUAUGUCUGCAACUCAGUAAACGGACAAUACAGCGAGCAGAGAAGAAAACUUGCAAACAACAUUUUUCUAACAAGAUCGAUCGAUCAUGUUUCUUCCUCAUGAAUUGAUUAUCGAAAUCUUACUGAGAUUGCCGGUAAAGUCUCUUAUACGUUUCAAGUCUGUUUGUAAGUUAUGGUUUUCUCUUAUCUCUCAUGAUCCUCACUUUGCUAAUUCACAUUUUCAACUUAACUCUACAACUCCCAAUCGUAGAAUUCUAUUAAUAUCAUAUAAAACUCAUGAAUCUCUAUCCAUCGAUUUUGAAGCAUCUAUUGGCGAUGACAACGCUUCUGUUUCACUCAACCUUGAUUACAUGUUUCCAGUGGAUUUUACAGAUUUUGAAGUUAAAGGGUCAUGUAGAGGCUUCAUACUUAUCUGCGGUUCCUUAAAUAUUUUAUCUCCUCAUGAAUUGACCAUCCAAAUCUUACUGAGAUUGCCGGUAAAGUCUCUUAUACGUUUCAAGUGUGUUUGUAAGUUGUGGUUUUCUCUUAUUUCUCAUGAUCCUCACUUUGCUAAUUCACAUUUUCAACUUAACUCUGCAACACACACUCGUAGAAUUCUAUUAAUAUCAACUUCAACUCAUCAAUCUCUAUCCAUAGAUUUUGAAGCACCGCUUCACGAUGACAAUGCUUCUUUUUCUCUCAACCUUGAUUCUAUCUUUCCAGAGGAUUUUACAGAUUUUGAAAUUAGAGGGUCAUGCAGAGGUUUCAUACUUUUCUGCAGUUCCUUAAACAUCAUCUACCUUUGGAAUCCAUCCACUGGACUUCAUAAACAAAUUCCUUUAUCUCCUUUUGGUUCCAAUUUGGAUGCUGAAUAUUUCUAUGGUUUUGGGUACGACCAUUCAACCGAUGAUUAUUUGGUUGUUUCAUUGUCUCGCAUUGAUUCAGGAGAUCCUCCAAUACGCUUGGAGUACUUCUCAUUGAAAUCUAAUACAUGGAAAGAAGUUGAGGGUCCUUACUUCCCUUAUGGAUUUCGAGAGGAAGAGCCCAAAGGUGGUUUGCUCUAUAAGGGAGCUAUUCAUUGGAUGGCUUUUCGUUAUGAUUUACAAGCUUAUGUUAUUGUUGCAUUUGAUUUAAUGGAAAGGAAACUUUCAUAUAUGCUUUUGCCCAGUAGUCGUUUGGAGUGUUGUUUAUGGGUUUAUGGAGGAUUUCUCAGUGUAUAUACCAAGUAUCACUUUAAUGAUAGGGUUCAAAUAUGGGUGAUGAAAGAAUACAAAGUGAACUCCUCUUGGACUAUGACUCUUGUUCUUCCUAUUCAUUCCUUUUUUCCUUUGUGUUGUACAAAAAGUGAUGAUAUUAUUGGGACGGAUGAUGAAGAUGGAUUGGUGAAGUAUGAUAAAUGUGGACAGUGUCUGGAGCAACAUUCUUAUCCUAAUUACAAUCUUAGCUGCGAUUUGACUGUGUAUAUAGAUUCUCUGCUUUCACUCCCCAGUGAUGAUGACAACCAACAAGCUUAAGAAGAUGACAAAAGCAAGAGGAAUGCUUCAUUACUUUCUUGAUAUUUAUGGUGAAUUGAGAAAGCUUAAGAAGAUGACGGACGCAAACUAGAAGAAUGACGUUCUGAAUCAUAUGUGUUUGAAUGCAUUUGUAACACGAGUAAGUGUAAUAUAUGAGCUAAUGUAAUAUGUGAUGAAAUGUUUAUUGGUUAACCAUUUGUAACAUGCUUAUUGAUAACAUUGACAUCAUUGUUUGUGUGAUUAACUAUUAGUCAUGUAUGUAGCUGGAUUUUAUUCUAAUGUUUUUUCCUCCACUGUUUGAAAAUUAUUCUGAUCAGUUUAUCCAUGUUGAUCAAUAUCAAAAUUAUAAGGUUUUGAUUGUUCUCUACUUUCAGUGGACUCUAAUAAUUUGGGUGCUUGUCCUUUCUGUGUUUCAAUCCGGGAAAGAAAUUUAAUUUCAAACUAAUGAUCUAUAUAUGAUCAAUUACGUGAAUUUUAGUACUUUAGAUUAUAGGAAACAUUAAAACUAAACAAACUCAUGAACCUAAAUAGUGUUACAAUUACAAAUUGGAGUUUUCAAAUAAAGGGGUUUAAGUAAUAGAAAGUGCAGUUUGCAAGGUGAUAAGCUACAGUGAAAGGUGUUCAUUAUUAAACUGUUAGGAAUAGACAUAACGCAAAGAAGAUGUUUACUGAAUUUUGAUUAGAUUUGUUGCAUAUCUUCUUUUGAAGUGAAAAUUUCUCUGGCUUCCAAUUAAAAUUCUAUACGGACUUUGUCUAAUUUUACCUUGACCUGUUUUUAUCGGGGACAAGAUAAUGAUGAAAGGUUGGGAAUAUUAUAUUGUGUUUAUGAGUUGAUAUUAAACCAUUUUCCAUUCUAAUAACAAAAAACCAAAACUUUAAAAGAGCGUUAAAGGCUUGUUUCUAAUUAGGUGUCAUUUGACAAAAUAAACAAUUAGCUUAACCUGUGUUGCAAGUGUGAAGUUCCAUGAUUGCAGAAAUAGGAGCAUGGAGUAGAUUGUUCAGAAGUGUUUGCUCCUGUUAGCAGAUUGUAUAGUGUGAGAAUGAUGAUAACUAUUGCAAAUGAUACAUGAGUAUAUGUCAAAUUUGCAUUCUUGUAUGAGACAUGAAUUAAAAAUAUUCGGUUAUGUUAUUUUUUCCUUUGAUUUAGUGGAAAGAGAACUUUUACACAUGUCUCUUCCAGAUGAUUUUGACCAUGAUUUUUACCAAGAACCUACUGAUUGUGAUUUG